AGAAUCAAAUUCAUCAGGCUAAUCAGCAGGUGUACUGUCUAAACAUGCUUUCUCAAACGAUCCGUGGCAUUCUUGAAGUAUCUGAUAUUUUGUAUAGUAAAGGCUUCCGUCAAGUAACCACACGUAGAUUCAAUCAAGAUAUCAUCGAGAACCAUUUUGCUCAAAUUCGCCAUCUUCAUCACAAUGAAAUCACAACCACCAAAUAUCGUCGAGUUUUUAAAGAUUCCAUGAUUCUUUUUGGUCAAUCGUUACCAUCGUCAAACUGUGAAGCAGAUGAAGAUACACCUCUUCUAACCGAAUCUGACAUCCCAGAAACGGAUUCAUCUCAUCAAGAACUCACAGAACUUUUUACAUCCUUAAAUCCAUCAUAUCCAUCCGCCAUUUCUGACUUUUUAACAACUUUCACUGCUGAAGAAGACAUCGGCGAAGACCAUGAUUGUCUUGCCAAUCAUGACAUCACAAAUAUUUCAUCAAAUAGGGGACUCAUCGCAUAUAUUGCAGGUUAUCUUAUUCGCAGAAUCAAAUCUAAAGGCAAUCAUUGCGACCUAUGUUUACCCUCGAUUGAUUCUGUUAAUAUUUUACCUGACCAUCAGUUCAUUUUGUGUAGAAAUUAUGCUCAAGGUGAUAACAAUUUCCUCAUGUUGCCAUCACUUCAAUUCAUAAACUGCAUCAUCUCUUGUUGUGAAGCUCUUGUUUCAUCUGUGCCACCCAUCAUCAGUGAAGAAGGAAUAAAAUUUAAACUUCAUGCCAUCCUUAGAUCACAAGACUUUUCAUUUGUUCCAUCAUGUCAUUAUUCAGAGAUUAAAGCAGCAUCGAUUCGUCAUCUCAUCAACAUGUUCAUUGGAAAAUUCAUGAAAGAUCAUAGAAGACAUCAUCUGACAUCAAGAAAAACUAGAAAAUCCAUCAAAGAAAUUCAAUGUAUUCAAUCGACUUCAUCAACACAACAUUGAUCAUCUUAUUUCAUAUCAUAACUUCAUGACAUCCACUUGUUCAUCAUUUAUCUGCCAUUAUUUGAUUUUUGUUUCAUGUUUUCCAUGCUUGAUAUUCCAUUGUACACACUAAUAUUCGCUUCAUAUCUCAUUCUUCUCUUUUUGAUUCACGUUAAAUUAAAUUAUCUUUUGUUCUUGGGAACUCUUUAACGACUUGUUUAUUCUUUCUUAAACUUGCUUGUUCAAUAGUUUCUUGUCGUUUCAGAUUUCAUUGGCAAGCUUGCACAAGUUUAGCAAUUCAUAAGUAAAGGAUCGUGGGUACGGAUUGAAGGUUUAUUAAUAUAAAAAUAAAGUUUUUUAUAAUCAAAUCGUCGAAUAUUCAAGACAAUUAAGUAAAUUUUUACGAUCGGUAAUAAUAAUCAGUACGAAAGUCUCAAAGUUACUUUUCUAUGAAAUAUCCUAUUCGUUUGUUAUUUUAUUUAACUUAAUCGAAUUAAUGGUUGGGUUUGAUACAAAUCUUAUAAAUUGGAUCUUUAAGAUCACUUCAAAUCAGGACUAAUGUGUUUUAUUUAAUUGAUAGAUCAUCUUAGUAUUGAUGUAAUGUAUACUUAAUAAAAAAAGUAGAUAAAACCGCACAUAAUAUAAGAAACUCGAGAAAUAGAACAACUGCAGAACUUAUCAAGACUCAAUUGAUUCUUAAAAAUUGUUAAAAUGAUUAAAAACAAUUAGAUUUGUGUUCUGCACUGAAUUUACUAUGUUUCUCUUUCUUUUCUCUCUCUCUUUACAAAUCUACUAGUGGCUCCACCUCGCGACACCAAAAAAAAUGUUGCUACAUAGUUUUUCCUUC